UCGUAAUAUGGCGAGUUCUGACGAUGAAGAAGAUUUGGUAGUAGUUGUAACAACAGCCACAACAACACUAAUUGCUGUUUAUUACCAAUAUUUUUUGGAGAAAACAAUAUGCCAUGAUUCAAUUCUUAGUGGUGCAACUCAUGUAGAUGAAGUCUUAAAUGAUCAUGAUGCACGAUGUCAGGAUAGUUUUCGUAUGGAAAAACAUGUUUUCUUAAGAUUAUGUGAUAUGUUGAAAGAAAAGGAGUUACUUCGUCAUAGUAAUGGAGUUCGUGUUGAAGAAAAAGUAGCAAUUUUUAUGCUUGCUGUUGGACAUAAUGAACGUAACAGGAUACUUCAAGAGCGUUUUCAGCAUUCAGGUGAGACAAUUAGUAGACAUUUUAAUGCAGUCUUGGAUGCUAUUGUUGCAUUGGCAGAUGAUUUUCUUGUACCAGCAGGGCCUGAUACCCCCACUGAAAUCUUAGAAAACCCAAGAUUUUAUCCAUACUUCAAGGAUUGUAUAGGAGCCAUUGAUGGAACACAAAUACCAUCAAUGGUUGGUCUCGACGAACAAGUCCCUUUUUGGUGAAGAAAAGGGUUCAUUUCGCAAAAUGUUUUAGUAGCUUGUUCCUUUGACUUACAGUUUCAGUAUGUUUUAGCUGGUUGGGAAGGCUCGGCUGCUGAUUCACGCAUACUAGAUUCAUCUCUAACAAGAUGCGAUAGAUUAAUUGUGCCCGAAGGCAAAUUUUAUCUCGCUGAUGCAGGAUUCGCCAAUAUGCCGCAGUUUAUUACUCCAUAUCGUGGUGUCCGUUAUCACUUGAAGGAAUUUGGUGGAAAUCGUCCAAAAUAUGCAAAGGAAUUAUUCAAUCUCCGACAUGCAUCGUUACGGAAUGCAAUUGAACGUGCUAUCGGUAUACUUAAAAGACGCUUCACUAUUUUGCAACUGCAGCCUCAAUAUCCAUUCGAAUCACAAGUGAAAAUUGUACUUGCAUGUUGCAUCCUUCAUAACCACAUCCGCAGAGAGUGCAUUAAUGACUUGAUUUUCGAUGAUGAGAACUUACAAAACCUACUAGAAACCGAUCCAAGAAUGCAACAAGACAGUGAAUGCCCUACACUUGGGAGAAAUAUACAACGAGAAGUAGCUUCAGAACUUCGAACUUCAAUCGCAGAUGCAAUGUGGAAUGAUUACCAGCGUCGCCGCCGCGGCUAAUGUUUGCAUACUGCUGAGUUAUACUUCGAUACUGUUAUUUGCAUAUUGUUGUUUAAAUUGGAUGAGUUAGACUUGGAUACUGUUAUUUGCAUAUUGUUGUUUAAAUUGGAUGAGUUAGACUUGGAUACUGUUA